ACUUCCGUGUUUGUGCUGACGCGGCGUUAGCAGCAGCUGAACGUUUCAUACAAUCUGUGCACAUACGUGUCAGUCUCUUUGCUGUUCGGCAUUGGAAGAUAGGUUGACUACCAGGAGAAGUCCCGAGCUAUGGCACCUAAAACCAGCAACAAACAACAGUCUGAGGAGGAUCUGCUCCUCCAGGAUUUUAGUAGGAAUCUGUCGGCUAAAUCGACAGCACUUUUCUAUGGCAAUGCCCUUAUCGUCUCGGCGAUUCCCAUUUGGUUGUUCUGGAGGAUCUGGCACAUGGACCUGGUUCAGUCUGCUGUCCUGUACGCCGUCAUGACACUGGUCAGCACAUACCUGGUGGCCUUUGCCUACAAGAACGUGAAAUUUGUUCUCAAGCAUAAGGUUGCUCAGAAGCGGGAGGAUGCUGUGUCCAAGGAGGUGACCCGCAAGCUGUCUGAGGCUGACAACAGGAAAAUGUCCCGCAAAGAGAAGGAUGAGAGGAUCCUGUGGAAGAAGAACGAGGUGGCUGACUACGAGGCCACCACCUUCUCCAUCUUCUACAACAACACGCUCUUCCUGGUCCUCGUCAUCGUCGCCUCCUUCUUCCUGCUCAAGAACUUCAACCCCACCGUGAACUACAUCCUGUCCAUCAGUGCCUCCUCUGGCCUCAUCGCUCUGCUCUCCACCGGCUCCAAGUAGACGACACCAACCGGACCAACACACACAAGACAAGACAAGCAAGAGAGUACAAGGAGUACAAGAAGAGAGAAAAGGUUUCAGGGAUGGUGGGUGGGCUAGUCCGG